GCAUCGUCAAGACUGGAGAGAGUGAGAGGGAAUAUAGGAUUUUCUUUGAGGGAGAGAAGAGGAGAGAGAAUUACAGAGAAAUGGCUUCGAACGCAGCGGUGCCCUUUUGGAGAGCGGCGGGGAUGACAUACAUCACGUACUCAAACAUAUGCGCCAAUCUGGUCAGGAACUGUCUCAAGGAGCCUUACAAGGCCGAAGUUCUCAGCCGCGAGAAGGUUCACUUUUCAAUUUCCAAGUGGGCAGACGGCAAGCCCCAGAAGCCCACUCUUAGGUCGGACACUCCUGAAGCGUGAAGGCGACCGUGUGGAUUGUUAAUCUCUUAUGAAGGUGCUUCUGUUUUUUUUUUAUAUCAACAUUGGUAGGGUUGAAUCAGUUUUUGGAAUCAAACCUUUUAUGGAGAUGGAUUGAUGAAAUCUCUGGAAUUUCCAUGGGUUUGCAAAUGUAAUAAAUCUUGCUACUAAUGUUUUAAUUGUAUCGGGUUGGUUUACGAUAUACAAGUAUGGAGAGAGAGCAUUUGAAUCUCGACACAUUGAAUAAUCUCUCUCGUAUGGUAUGGAACUAUUUUAGACA